AUGGAGCCGUGGGGCAGGCCAGACCCCCACCUCCGAGAGGUCGUGUGGUUUGCGGUGCGCUGCAGAGCCCUGACGCUUCUGCUGCAGGCCCUGUUCAACCUCCUGAUCCCGGAUCACGCCACGGACGCCUUCUCCCCCCCUCGCCUGUCCGAGCCCGGCCCGUGGGACCAGCUGCCGGGCCCGCCGGCUGCCACCGUCUUUAGGGCGGCCGCUUACUCGGAGAGCAUGUUCGCCUGCCUGGCCUUCAGUGCCAUGUGGCACCUGGAGAAGGGGCAGAGCUGGCUCAGCGGGCUGCUCUUCUCCCUCGCUUCGGGGGUGCGUGCCAACGGGCUUAUUAACGCUGGCUUCUGUCUCUACUCCGGCGCUAAACGCUUUGCCCUCCGGCUCCAGGUGGGUCCGGGAUCGGUGAGGAAGCUCCCUCCGCUAUGGAAGCAGCUCCUUAGCCUGGCAUCUGCAGCCGUUCUGAUGUGCGCCGGGAUUUUUCUGCCUUUUGCUUUGUUUCAGUAUUACGCCUACGUGAGGUUCUGCGGUCCCGGUGCCGGCCGGGAGCCGGCUGUUUCCGCCCCGCUGCGGCAGCUGGCUGUGGUCUAUUCCUACAUUCAGGACGCUUACUGGAAUGUGGGCUUUCUGAGGUAUUUUGAGCUCAGGCAGAUACCAAAUUUCUUGCUUGCUUUGCCCAUCACGCUGCUGGGCUCGUGGGCUGCCUGGACCUAUGUCUCUGCAAACCCCCGGCACUGCCUGACUCUGGGUCUAGAGAGAAGAAGGAGCGAAGAGGAGGGUAAACCGAGAGCGGGAUUUUGCUCCCCAGCUGUCUUCGUGUACGUGGUCCACGCCACGGCCCUGCUGGUGUUCGGAUUCUGCUGCAUGCACGUGCAGGUUGGGGGUUCCCGUGAAGCAAUAAUUAAAGAGGGAGAUUCCGAUCUCUGCCGAAGCUGCUGCCCGUGCCCGGCUCCCGAGCUGGACGGUGACAAGGAUCUCGGCGAGAUGGUGACAGUGAGGUGA